CGCCUUUCGGAGUCUCAAGUUUUACACCUUUCGCCCGAAUCUCGACGCACUUUACGCUACUUUAAGCCUCUCUCGUCCAUUUCUUCCCUUCUCCGUCUCUCUCUCUCUCUCUCUCUCUCUCUCUCUCUCUCUCUCUGUCGUUCGCCUCGCUUGGUCUCUCUCCGCGGAUCUUUUUGCCUCUUCUGUCCGCUCGGCAGGUAAGCACAACGUUGCCCUCUUUCCCUGUUUCUCAUCCAGGUGGCCUGAUUUCCGGUUCAGUCUUUCCGGGCAUGUUCUACAUAGUUUUUGGGAUAUUUACAGGUGUUCUCUGUGAAAAGUCUGCGUCGGAUAUUCUCAAUUCGAUAUAUCGAUACUUUAAUUAUUCGCACUACCUUUGCUUCUCCUCGUCUUUCUCUUUUCGAUCUGCGAUAUAUUGAGUUGACCGGAAAGUGCACGUGGAUUUCUUUAAAUUCUUUUAUUUUUGCUGAAAGAUUCGCACGGACUUUCCGAUCAAUCCGAUAAAAGCGAUUGCUAGAUGUUUCUCUUUGUUUAGUAAAUAUUUAAUUGUUUGCUAAGAUUAAUUUUUGCUGUUCAAAGAGGAUCUUCGCACAGCGUGCGACAGAUAUUUCCUUCUCUCCUCCUUUCCUUUUUUCCUCUUCUCUUUUCCAACUGUAUUCCUGAACACGCAAUAUUUCUACGUUUUAUUUACAUUUACAACUUGUCAUUAACGCGAAUCGAACUUGUACAUUACAGGUCCGUUGAUUUUUCCUAUUUCGCGAAUCAACGAGAACGACCGUGUGCAACAAGUGUUUUCCUCCCCUUCUCUCUGUCUGUUCUCUCUCGAGUUAACACCUGAUAUACGUCGAUGUCUUCACGUUCGUCGGUUUAACCCGUCAUUAAUGCGGAUUGAAAUUCUACUGGAUAUUAAUUUGUUUUUGCCUUUUGCCGUGGAUAAGAACCUUCCCGCGGCGCGCAAUAAAUAUUUUCUUUCUCCUCUCCCCUCUCCUCCGCCGGCGGAAAGACACGAGCAAGGGCUCCGCCAACGAGAGAGAGAGAGAGAGAGAGGGGCCGGUGUCGACGCGCAGUCGCCAGGUGAGGCAACGACGACGACGUGUUCGCCUCGUUACGCUCGGCCGGGGGGACGUACGGUCAGUGCUGCACGGAACCUUGCGACUUUCGACGGCGCGCUCCGUCCGAGCGAGCGAGCGAGCGAGCGACCGACACGGGAGUGAGAGGGAAGGCGUACGAGAGGGACGGAGAGCAGACGAGGUAGCCUCUCGCGACACCGGGGAUCGAUCCUGUCUGCGGACUCCGGUUUUCGGUUACUCCAGGUGUGUCGUCGGUCGGAUCGCCGUCGCCGCCGCCGUCGAUCCUCAUAACCUCAAUCCGCCGCGUCUCACCGUCGCGAGGAAGUAUGCCGCGCGCGUGACGGAGUAAUCAGUGAAUACCUCGACCGGUGGCCGAUCGCUCGGUGAUAAUAAUCGGAACGAGUAAUCCGGUCGUCUUCGACCGACGCUCCGGUGUCGAGAGCUCGCGCGAGUGCGUCGCGCGCAAGGUGCAUUCGUCACCGAAACGGAAGAAGAAACAGGAGGAGGAACAGAAAUUGCAAGGAGAAAUCGACGAGUGAGAUUUCGGAACUGCCAGGUGCGCCGGCUCCCGCGGGAACGAUGACGGGAAUUAGGACCACGGGAACUGCUGGUAGCGGAGGAGGAGGAGGAGGAGAAGGUGCAAGUUCGUCGAACUACGUGGUAGCCCUGUACGUGGCGACGGCCGGCCUCCAGGGAAACGCUCUUGGUUCGGACGAGGAGGAGAUUACGCUUCUCGUCUACGUGCUCAUCGAUGUGGUGCAGAAUAAGACGCUAGGCAAGCAGCAGUAUAUUGUGCGGCCGAUGGUAAUGGAGGAGAAUUGCACUCCCGGGACCGGCAGCGACAACCCGGCGAUUGCCGGAAGCAGCGGGAUCGUUAGCGAGGCAGCGCUGGCGCACGCACCAGCCUUGACCGAACGAAACCUUCGAGAAUAUGGGAUUCCCCUGCAGCAAGCUCUCAAACAGUUUGAAAACUGGUGGACCACCAUGUCUGGUGUGCUGCCCGGUAGUAUACCAAGAUUCGUCGUGGAUGGUCAAGCACCCAUGAGGCAGUGUCUACAUCCGGAGGCCUGCAACAAAGACAUCGAGCUACCGGAACACUACAACUACUUCCACGAUCUCCGGAAGGAUUUCGUGGCGUGCUAUUCGUCUCACGGAGAACUAUCGACUUUGGGGGUUCAAGAAAUGUUGCAAUAUUUCGGACUACCACCAGACACUGACAACAGCUUUCCCGUCAAGGAGAUACAGGAUAUGAUCAACGUGAUACAGAGGAUGAUCAAGGACGGUCACGUAUUUCAGAAUCCAGAAGUAGUGAAUAUCGUGUUAGAACCUGGUAUAUGCUCCAAAGACGAAGAAGUGGAUAAUGAUUGUGUGGUAAGAGCUCGUGGUCUACCUUGGCAAUCUUCGGAUCAGGAUAUCGCCAAAUUUUUUCGUGGGCUGAAUGUUUCGAAGGGUGGUGUAGCUCUUUGUUUAAGUCCUAUGGGAAGACGUAACGGCGAGGCAUUGGUACGGUUUAUUAAUAAAGAACACAGAGACAUGGCGCUGAAGCGACAUAAACAUCACAUGGGUGCACGAUACAUAGAGGUUUACAAAGCCUCCGGCGAGGAUUUUGUUGGCGUUGCUGGUGGUACGAGCGGGGAGGCACAUGCUUUUCUGUCACGCGGGGCUCAAGUCAUCGUUAGAAUGAGGGGCUUGCCAUAUGAUUGUGUUGCUAAACAAGUGCUGGAAUUUUUUCAAUCCGGCCAAAAGCCAUGUCAAGUGCUGGAUGGCGAAGACGGGGUUCUGUUUGUGAAGAAGCCUGAUGGUAGGGCCACUGGCGAUGCUUUCGUGUUAUUCGCGCAAGAGGAGGACGCCGUGAAGGCACUGAGCAAGCACAGAGACUGCAUCGGUAGUCGGUACAUAGAGCUCUUUCGAAGUACAACUGCGGAAGUGCAACAGGUUCUAAACAGGGCGACUGAUCCAAAACAAGUUAUACUACCGCCGCCGCCCAUCGCGCAGCUACCACCCUUGCUUCCUCAACAUAUUAUUACGUCGGGUACGCGCAAGGACUGCAUCAGACUCCGUGGUUUACCCUAUGAGGCGCUUGUGGAGCACAUUCUGGAGUUUAUGGGCGAACACUCGAAAAAUAUCAUUUAUCAGGGAGUUCAUAUGGUUUACAAUGCUCAAGGUCAACCGUCUGGCGAGGCAUUCAUUCAGAUGGAUAGUGAGGCAUCGGCAUACGCCUGCGCGUCGCAGCGGCAUCAUCGAUACAUGAUCUACGGCAAGAAGCAGCGAUACAUCGAAGUGUUUCAGUGCAGCGGCGAUGACAUGAAUCUGGUAUUGACAGGUGCGGUAACGUCGCCGUCGACCAAGGCGCUACUAUCACCCGGUACGUUGACCACACAGACUCCUGCGACAUUGACACAUCCGUCUGCGCCGACGCCGGUGCCGGUGCCGGUGCCGGUACCGACCGCGCAACCACCGCCGCCACCGCCACCACUGUGGGACAUUCAUGCUCUGGUGCAAGCGCAAGCCCAAGCUGCGCAGGCUGUCCAGGCGCAAGCGCAGGUGGCUCAAGUGCAGGCCGCCCAGGCGCAAGCCAUCAGGAACCAGGACUUUUGGCUGACGAUGGCCCUAGCAUCUAAUCCCCCCACUUCGAAUACCCCUGCUUCGCCCACUUCAGUGGCCGCUGCCGCCACGAGUAAAUCCCUCGCUUUACCGGGACCGAGUUCGGCCAUCCAGGCCCAGAUUCCCGCCGCGUACGCGGUAGCACCUUCAGCGGUCGCCCUUCACGCGCCGCCCGCCGCGACGCCGGGAGCGGGAACGCCGUUCCUCUUGUUCAAUGUACCGCAUCAUCCCCAUCACCGCAUUCCCAUUCUGCGAACACCGACGCCGCACGGUUUAUUGACACCCAUCAUGCACACCGCGUCAGCUCUGAACCCAGCCGCGAUAAUGGGACUAAAAAGGACAUGGGAUAACGCUUUUACUUCCGAAGCAGCGUCGGGCAAUGUUGUCGCCAAGCGCACUUGGCAUGCCCCGGCAGCGGCGUUUCAUGCACCGGCCCCAACCGCGACCCCAGGCUUGCCUUACCCAGCUCAAUUCUAUCCUCAAAUUUAACGCGUCCGAACAAUGCGUCACUGCCAACGCGCGUCGCGUCUAAUUGCCGCUCCCUAGGUGGCUUUCUUUUUUUUUUAGAUUUUCUUCCCUAGUUCCACACGGAAGAACGGAAACUCUCUCCUUUUUUUCAAUUUUCUUGUCGAGGAAGACAAGAAUUUGUAAUUCGUAUAUGUAGAUACAAAUAUUCUAUAUACAGUAUAGCUACGUCACGACAAUACGACUCUUUGACGGACUUUAUAUACUUUCUAAGAACGUAAGCGUUUGUAAUUAUUCGCGACAUUAUAUGACACAUUCCGUUUUACGUUUUGGAUGUAAGCUUAGUAGAACGUUGUUCUAUCACGUGAGCAGCUGAUAAAGCAGCUUGGUACUUUGAACGUUACUUAUAUAACGGUACUUAAAACAACACGUGAGGCGAUUUAUUCUCUUUAUCCUGAUGCAUUUAGGCAGUUAAAGGCUACCUUCGAUGAGCACUUAAUUUUUGAUAGUCAUAUAUGAGAUUUGAUUUAAAAUGCGCAUAUAUUGUUCUUUCAUAAUGACGUGUUCGUGACAAACUAUACAAGAUCACGUACAGAAAACAUUCGUUCCUCAUUGUCAGGAUCAAUCAAGUGCCUUACAAAUAUAUGUGGACACGGUAUAUCUUAUCAUAGAUGUCCAAAUUUAGAAUCGACACACGUACGCGCUCCUUUUUAUACACAUAUAUGUACAGAUAAUAUACUAGACUUAUCAUAGACAGAUAUACAUAAUUUCUAAAAUCACACCGAAAAUCAGAAAGCUCUUUGGAGGAUUAAAAUUCAUGUUCUAUGAGCGCUUUUUUUAUUACAACCGUACUGAUCAAUACAUCAGACGUUAAAGUCUGUAUGCUGGGUAGAUAAUUAUUUUAAUAGUUUGUUAAUGAGAUUAUAAGAUUCUAUUAUACAUUUGCAAUUGAUUUUAAUAUUUUAUUGAUAAGAUUUAAAAUUCUAUUGCGAUGUAUCGUUUACAUUUGCAAUUUAUUAUAAUAUUUAUUAUAAAAUUCAUUAUAAUAUUUAUUAUAAAAAUUUUUAUUCUGCAUCUUUCUCAGAUGUACAGAUGAUUUAUGAUUAAUGUUUGAUGCUUCAACGGCUUGCAACAAAAAGUGCGCGAGAAUAUUUAGUGUUCCAAAAGAAGCCUGCGUGUCGGUGUUAUUAAAAAAAUAUUCAUUUAUAUAUAUUUAUAUAUAUAUAUAUAAAAAAUGAUUUAUAUAUUUUGCUAGGAAUAUUUUUAUUAGUUUUAAGUGUAUAAUGGACAUUCCAAUGUUAUAUAUUUUGAAGCUCUAUAAUUCAAUACGAUAGAGUCUACACGCGUGGUAUCUAUUUACGCGCAUGUAUGUGUUACAAUCUAUGUGUAAAUAAUAUUCUGCCAUUAAUUUACCUGCGAAUGAGUGACAGUUGGUUUUUAAUUGCAAGUUGCACCGCGAUUCUGUCAUUCCUUUCUUUCACAAAGGUUGCAAUGUGCAAGCUUCAAAAGUGGAAAAUUAAUAUAUGUGAAUCGAUACGACGGAGCGUAGAGAGGAUACAGCUGUACUGCUGUAUUAUUUCGUAUUUCGGGGGAAAGACACAUUAUUAUACACACAUAUACACACAGAGCGUUUAUUGUAUUUAGUCUAAUAAUUUAACCGAACACCGUGUACGAAAGUGAUUGACCACUAAUUUCAUCGCGUGUGACGGAUAAUUUCUCUAAAUAGACCGAUUAAUAAUGUCAAAUUGGUUUUAGAGAAAGUAUCCAACGGGGGAACGAAGAAAAUGGAAUUAAAUACCGUCUCUGUACGCUCUCGCGGCUUGUGAUUUAACUUGGUGUCGGCGGUGUUUACUCUUUCAAAGCUGGCUUACGGCCUUAAUAUCUUUGUGAUAGUGUAGUUGGUGAGAUCAUUGAGAGACACACAAAUAGAUGGAUAGAUAGAUAGAGUGGUAUGUCAUGGAUCUCCAGGAUUGGCUUUACACUAGAGGUUCACGUUACGCGCUAAUUUGUUUCUUGUGAACGGUGAUCGACACGUUUGAUACUGCCAUGUGAACGAAGAGCUUCCAUUUGUAUUUUCGUCAUUGCGAUGAGACGCCUUGAAGAGGCAAGGCUGAGAACGACUUCACUCUCGUGAAGUCUGACCCUGAUUCCAUUACGCGGAUUACGAAUUUCACUGUUUCUUCUUUUCUUAUAUUCACUGUUUUUUCUUUUAUAUUGUUAAAACUAAUGGAAUGUUGUAGACGCAACACGUGGCGGUUAUCAUCAGUACUCGGCAGCCUAGUAUCGACGGGUAUGCGAAAUGACUGGUUGCAUGUUAUGUGGUUUGUGGAGGGACGUUUACUCUCCUCCUGUCGAGUUUCGCGAGCGACAAUUGCGCAACGGGUUUUCGAUCUGUAUUCUCCUUUUCUUUUUUGUUUUUCUCUCUACAUUACAUCCGGUAACUGUGCGGUUCUGUGGACGUUGUUUCGCCCGAAUAUCCAUCGCUCUCCCCUCUUCCGAGUCGCGCCGGCACAAGUUUCCUGUAUCUUGUCGUUUUUUGACGCGCGCUCCCCUGCAAUCAUCUCGCACGGCCACUUUUCUGAACAGGAUGCAGUAGCAGAUUAUUGCAUAGAACCGAAGUAACGAGAUACUUGCUGUAACCCUAGUUCUAUUUUGUCAUAGCAGCUGCAAUAAAGUACCUGUUCAUUACACGCCUUGGACAUUCACGAUUCGGUUCUUGGUAUUAAUAACGUAAUUGCUCGAGAAGAUAUAUGACUUGAGGAUAAUUGAGGGUCGUUCGAAAAGGACCGUAGAACGUAAUCACACGGUAAAUAAUCGUUCUUUCAAUCUCGGCAUGCUAACGCGGAAACGAUCGACAGUACAGACCAUCAACUCCAUGAGAUGUAAAACAAAUAAAGCAAUUUCUUUAUAGCCGCAGAUGACUGGACUUUGCAAUAUUAAUUGUUAAUCGCGUACGAUUGCCGAUCGUUCCGGGAUUAGUUCUCCGGAAUUGAGAGACUGAGGCGAGACUACAUUUCUGACAUUCUUGAAACAUCGUAUUCGCCCGAUUCCGCUUUUACGUAGCAUUAAUUGAUAUCAUAGAAAUAGCGACGGUGAGACGAUGCGAAACGGACAUGAAGUGCAUUCGCAGAAAUACAUUUAUGUAUUAAAUAUUAAUCCUUGAUGAAGAUAUCAAUGUCCGUUAAAUAAGAUAUCAACGUCGCUUUCGCAUCGUUUCGCAUAAGGGUGCAUUUCGGAGUGUUUAGUACAGGUGUAUGUCGAGAGCGUGAAGAUGUCCUAGCAUCAUGUUAAUUAACACGCGAGCUUAAGAUCCAUCAUCUCCAUGUCUCUUCAUCUCCCGUUUGGUAGACGCGUCUUCCUUCUCGAAAUUUUUCUUCUUUUUUUGUUUCAUUGGUUUUUUUUUACUUUGAAAGAAAUGGGACACUUGACACACGCACGCGGUAUACACGUGUCCACGCAUUCGCACACACCACACACUCACGUACACACUGACACACGCAGACACGCGCGCGUACGCGCAUCGGUAUAAUCUCUCUCUCUUUUUUUACCUCCUGUAUACAUUCUCUGUAUAUCGACGAUUUUAUAUCGAUGGUGAGAACGAUCAUGUUUAAUAAAUGUGCCUUGUGGACAUAUA